AUGGGACUUCCACCUGCGAUUGAAUUUGCCAAGGCCGACGGACUCAAUUCCGCUCAGCCCUACCAAAAACGCCCGGUCAACAAGCGACCCGUCCACCAUACUUCCUCCCGCCAUGCUCCUCACAAGCGGCCAAAUCUCCUCUUCAUCUUCACAACCCUCCUGUUCCUCUCCGGCUACAUACUGCAACAGCAGACCGUGCGCUCAUUGCAGCUCGCCCUGCACCCGCCCCCGACCCCCGCCAUCCCCGUCACCGACCCGGUACUGCAGAAACAUUUCGGGCAACCCCCGGGCUACGGAGGGGGCGGGUUCUUCUACGACAAGUUCCUGGCGAAGAACAGGCCGCGAGGGGGGUGGGCGAAGGUGGCGUAUGUGCAGCUGGUGCGCCGGCACGUGGAGGUGUGCGGGGCGGUGAUGGGGAUGCGGGAGGUGGAGCGGGGGGAGAGUAUGGCGCAGAGGAUCAUCCUGUAUCCGCGGGAAUGGGAUGGGGAGGUGGGAGGAGGGGGAGAGGGUGGGGAUGGGGAUGGGGAUGGGAAAGAGGAGGAGAGGAGGAGGAGGGAGACGAGUGGGCGGUUGUUGAGGAAGGCGGCGAGGGAGUACAAGGUCAUGUUGCAAGCUGUCGGGUCGAUACCGCUGGCCGAGGGGAGUGAGGCCGUGACGGAAGAGGAGAGAUAUCCUCUUACGAAUCUACUGAGUCUGAUCCAUUACAAUCGGAUUCUCUUCCUACGGCCGAGCGGGUUGAUACUGGACUCCACGCCUCUGGACCUGCUAUUCACGCUGCCGAUGGAGCAACCUCUACUUGGCCUCUCGGCUCCUGAAGACGGGAGCAUGCAACCCGCGAUACUCCUCUUCGAACCCUCCAAAGAAACCUACCGGGACGUCAUCUCCUCCCUGCCCGAAGGCGCUUACCCAGACGGCGAGUUCCUCCAACGCGUAACGACCACGCCGGCCCCAGCAGACGGCGAGAGUCCAAUGACGUUGCUGGCUCAGACAUCAGCACUGGGCGAUGUCGAUGCGCAAUUCAACGCCACGAGAUUCCUCGACACGACAGCGUACAUCCGACUAUCGGACCCGGACCUGCCAGGACCGGAGUACGACAUCCCGAGGCAGGAUUACGUGCGAGCGAUGCCCGGGUCGAAAGAGGCUAGGCAGGCGUGGGAGGGGGUGUAUGAGAGGUUCAGGGACGCGAGGAUGGGAGUUUGCGGGUUGGAUUUGGAGCGCGUUGAGAGGCAUAGGUCGGAGAUGGACGACGUCGUUGCCAGAGAAAACGUUGAGACGCACGGCAAGAAAGCUUCAGAGAUUGAAGGAUAA